AAGAGGGGUCCUGCCUCCGGAUCGGCUCCCUUGGCAUCCCUAGGUGAGACCCACUUUCCGGCCACCCUAAACCCCUUUAUAAAUAGCUUAUACCCACUGCCAUGUGCUUUCGAGCACGAACUCGAGCAUUAAGUGAUCGUGAUCAGUGCUCUUUGGAUCAACUCUUAAUAGUUAUCCACUUUGCCAUUAACCAGCCAAAAUCAUGACCGAGGGGGAGUUCCGGGAAUGGCUCCGGCACAUCGACCGGAACAAGGACAGCCGAAUAAGCAUGAAGGAGUUGGCGGCGGGAUUGAAAGAAGCUGGGUUCGGUUUCAAAUGGUGGAGGGCAUGGCGGGCGAUGAAGAACGUCGACAAGGACCGUAGCGGCUACAUCGACACCGACUCAGAGAUUCGGGCCCUGAUGGAGCAUGCGAUGAAGCACUGGGGCUUCGUGAUCAGCAAAGCGAAGGAGUUACAGGACGUAGAUGUCUUGAUUUCGGAUGUUGGAGGGAAGAUGUAGAAGUUAGUUUGCAGUAUUUUGGUUUUUCUGUCUUUGCUUUUUUGUCCUUUUCCUCCAUAUGUAUAAAUCAGUUCGCAGUAUGGUUUUUACACCUUUUUAAGUAGUAAAAACAAUGUUUAGUUUGUAGGAUGAUUUUUCUUCUUUUGUGUGCCCUCCAAUCCAUGUAAUAUAAAAGGACUUUUCUAAUGGAGAUGUGUACUUGUAA